GUUGCUUUUUUGUUACUAUCGGAUUCGAUAAAAUGGAGACUUUAAAGAAAGCUCCGACUCUAAGACAGAAUAAAAAGACGAUUGAUAUUCUAGAACUUCAGUUACCACAAGAAAUUCGAAUAAAAAUUUUCGAGUAUUUUGAAAAGAAAGAGUUGAUGAGACUUGCGACGGUAUCUAAAUCCUGGCGAGAUUUUAUCUUUGGGACACCCAGGUUUUGGCGGUGCAUGAACCUGAAGUUGUCUUGCAGACGACAGUCCAAACACAAUGAAGCAGCUUGCUGGUACGCCGCGAGACUUGGUGAGCAUUUUCGGGACCUGACCAUCAGCUGUUUGCAUGCUAACAAGCACAUCCAUUGCGACACCAUGGCCGUGUGCCUCAGGAAACUUUUGCUGAAUUUACGUCAAGCGAAUCUGACGACAUUGAUUAUAACUGACUUACGAUGUAGGAGCGCAAGAACGCCAAUCUGGUCCAGUAUUGUCCGGAUCCUGACGCGCAUUCUGUCACGCUGCGGCCAACUACAGCAGUUUGGAAUGCCGUUAGUGCAAUGGAAGGUUCCAGAAGGAAGUAAAUUUCUCAACACGGUGUUAUCAAAAGCCAGAGGAACUCUACACUCUUUAAGGAUCGAUGGUUUUUUUAAGCCAGUCACUUUCAAAAAGAGAUUCUUGAGACCCGUGGAGUUUGACCAACUGACCAACGGCAUCCUUGCUCUCAACCACCUGACACAACUGGGCAUCGACUACUUUAUUUUGACAGAUGCUUUUGUUGAUGCGCUGUCCAGGUCUUAUGCAAAUCUAAGGAAACUAACACUGUUUCUUAACGGCUCUUCCUGUUUUAUAAAAAUAAUUUCACACAAAUCGUGGGCAAAUUUGGUUAAAGGUUGCCAGCAAUUGAAAGUGGGUCUUCGUAUGAUUAGCGGUGCUUAUGGUCUUCAUACAUACGCGUUGCUAGACCUAUUGGAUCCCGUCUUACACUUGUCCGAUAUCCGGAUAAAAUGUACAAAAACAUUUGCGUUUUAUAACAUGCGAGGCGCACUAAAUGAGAUUUCACACUAUUUCAGUCAUUGUCUAGUAAAGCUGGAGUUGGAUUUGAACAGCAGUGGCAGAAGUGACACCGAAUUCUUAGGACUUGUUCGGCAAUGUAAACAUUUGGUUCACCUAAACGUGUCGGCUAACUUUGUUGACCUUGAGACUGCCAGGAUAGCCAUGGCACUGGUAGAACAAAGAAGACGCGACCUCUCUGUCAGGGACCUUCCAGGAAGUAGCAAGAAACGUGUGAGAGCAAAUCCGCCUGAUGCCUAGGUUCGAAUACAUCCCAUACCACGGUAACAUAGACAUAGAAUAUUGAGGGCGAUCACAGUGACGACCAACGAUCAGUAUCCCGGGCCUAGAAUCAGACACUAACAUCAAGUAGUUCAUUUUAAAUAAUGGUAAACACAUUUUUUUGUGCUUAAAUAAACAAUGAGUACUCCAUUCUACCAAGACAAAUUAUGUUAAGUUUAAAAAUAUUUAAU